AUGCGGUCGCCCGGAAAGAUCGCUUUGUGCCUUUUCUUGUUUGCAGGUCUAACAGCAAGGUCGGAAGCGGCGAUCCCAUUAAGCCUCGACUCCGGUGAGAAUUUGGAGACGUCGAUCCUGACGUUCGACGACAACGUGAUCGGGUGCUACUUAGAGACGCCCAGGGGUGAAACGAUCGAGUUCAAGCCGAAUGAUCACUCGGACGCAAAGUACCAGUUGAGGCCCGACGCCCCACUGGUCUCCGCGUGCCAGGUCACCGUGCGAAAUGUGGACGGCAACGACAGCGGGCUGUGGACCCUGCGCUCGGUCUCCGACACUGACAACAAUCUGUCCCAAUCGUACCAAGUCACCGUGAACUCAGCAGAGACCGUUACCGAAAUCGCUAGUACUGAAGAUAUUACAACAGAGGAAACUAUUAAAGAAUCCACAAAGAACAUCAUAACAAUACCAACCGAACCAACAGAGGAGACAACCGGAAUUGAGGAGCUCACAACUGUAAGUUCUGUCGAAACCACGACGCCAAAGCUCGAGGAUGUUACCAUAAUUGAUAUGGAGCCGGGCUAUUUCACGACGAGGAUAGGUGAAGUGCACACCGUAAAGAUCCUCGAGUACGACUUUCUGGACACCGAGAAAUGCUCCCUGGUAACACCAGACGGCGAGCGGCAUGACUUAGAUGAGCUGGACAUUUACGGAAUAGCAGCAAUCAAGGACCAAAACGUCGCGUGCGGGAUAAAAAUCCACGUCGUGUCCGAAGACCUAGCCGGCAAUUGGAUGUUGAUAUCGCGUAGCACCAGGUUCAGCACGGAGAUCGUUGAAAAGAGAAUGCCGGUCACAAUAAUUUUAGAAGAAAUAGUGAAUGCCAUACCGAGUGAAAUAGCCGUGGUGGAGGGAAAUGAUAUUUACAUACGUCUAGAAGCGUCGACGCCGUUUUACGAAUCUUGUAAAUUGAUUGACCCUGCUAAUAAUGAGCGUGUUGACAUAGAGAAAGACGCUAGGCAUAUCGAUACGUGCGGUUUCAUCUUAAGAAACGCGACCCAAAAAGAUUCCGGAUACUGGCACAUAGCAUACGGAGUAAAAACAAAUUACAAAGCAUGGACUCUUCUUAUUAUUCACGGUCUUAACAACACUGAGCUUCCAAGCCACUACACGUGGACUAUGGACAGGCCAGUUGAGCAACUGAUUGGUUCGGACAAUACCGUCUACUGCAGAGUCCUGGACGCCAACGAUAACGUUGUUUUCGAUGGAUUCGGCAAAUGUAACAUAAGCUUGGCUAGGGUGUCUACCGAGCACGCUGGUACUUGGAAAAUGUUUGUGGGCUCGGAGGGACGUAUGCUUACUGAGGAGCACAAAUUUGAGGUCGCCGUCAGGGAAGGAGCGUCGAAACCUGCGGUGUCGACCAGCAUCGCGACGGAGAAACCCAUUGUGACGCUGACGUGCUCGGUGUCGAGUCCGGAGCCGGUCCGCGCGUGCAAGUUCCGCGACCCGUCUGGCCGCGUGCUUCUCGCCGCUCCAGGAGUUGGAGAAGGCCGUUACGCCUUCCACGGCAACGGUGCCAGCUACUCAUCUGGAGUCCACGGCUACGAGUGCGGUCUCCAAAUCACCGAACCUGUGAUCGGAGACCUGGGUCUGUGGCGCUGCGCCCUCGAGACUGAGACCGAGACAUACUACGGGUUCCUGACGGCCCUUUGUCCAUGGGCCAUGCGGGACCCUGAAGUGGCCGCGAUGGUCCAAUCUGAGCCCCUGCUGCAAGCCGAGAGCGAAUUAGUUAACGGAGUUACUGGCACGCCCGUCACCAUGUCCUGCUCGGUACAGUCUCCAAUUCGCUACUGUUACUUCAGAGCCCGCAAUGGAACCACUUUCUCCGUCAGUCCCGGUGAGUCCACGGCGUUCGUCGAGUACGCAGGCGCCGGCUUCGACGCUGGCGAGUGCUCUGUCCGCUUCUCGAACCUUCUACCGUCUGACGGCGGCCUCUGGAGCUGCCACGUCGGCUUUUCCGACCCCACGGAGCCCGAGCAGCGCGCCCAGUUCGAAGUCUCCGUGCAAGAACUCCUGACUGCCGAACAGCGGGAAGAGAAGAACGCGGUGAUAGUGACAGGUCGUGUCCAUGACAACCGCCCACUUGAAUACUGCAGAUUCGUCCGUAUCGACGGCUUGGGCUUCACGACCGAGAACCUGCCCGAGGGCUAUCGCAGCGACAGCCUGCUCUCGGUGGGCAGGUGCGAGAUUCGAAUCCCGAACCCGUCGGUGCUCGAGCUGCACCCGUGGACGGUGGCGGUGAGGGUGCGCGGCCACGACGUAGAGUACUCCCAGCAGACGCUGCACAGCCUGCAGGCGCCGCCGACGGACCCCGAGCGUCCCGUCGGGCCCGUUUACCGCUUCCCGCUCGCCUGGGUCGUCGUGAUCGUGGUGGGGCUGUCGCUGGUGGUGGUGGGCGCGCUGGCCGGCCCCCGCCGCCACCGCCAGUGGACCGCCACCAGGGCGGCGCGGCUCCGGGACAGCUUCCGCCACAGCUUCGGCGGGAAGGUGCCCGGGGGCGCAUCCGCUGAGAAAACCAGCCCCAUCGCCGCC